AUGCUUGAUGUCCUUACGGAGAAACUACACCCUUCAUACAACAUUGAGUGCAUUGGUGAUGACAAACUUAGACUUUUUGCACCAACACCUGCCAGUGAAAUGCCUGAAGAGGAACCAGACAUCACAUACUUCAUAAACAUGGCCGGAUACGCGGGACCACUAAAGCCUGUAAGUAGCCUCAAUGAGAAACAUUUCAGCUUUCCUCAAUUCCCACUAACAACAUACUACGAUCAAAAUGAGGAAGGUUCGUUUUGUGACAUAAACUCUGAGUGUGAGCUGGGAGAGGGAGGAGGGAAGGUGCAGAUGUACUACAGUCAUGGACGUUGGUAG